AUGAGCUCAGAGCCAGCAAGCGUUGAGAGCCUGCGGGUGUUGUACCAGAGCGAUGACUACAUUAUUGUGGACAAACACUGGGAUAUCCGCAUAGACAGCAAGAUGUGGUACGAGAAGCAGACGGUGCAGCUUCAGCUUCAGCAUCAUUUCCCCCAUCUGGCAGACCCCAGCACCUACUAUGGGUUCAGGUUUUGUCACCAGCUGGAUUUUUCCACCAGUGGAGCUCUUUGUGUCGCUCUCAAUAAGGCUGCUGCUGGAAGGGCCUACCGCUGCUUUAAGGACCGCACUGUUACUAAAGCCUAUAUAGCUUUGGUUCGUGGAUGGGUGGAACAGGAGACACAAACUUUGAAUUUUGCCAUUGGCAAGAACUCCAUGGAGGGAAGAACACAUAUGAUGUGCAUUGAAGGAAGUGAAGGUUGUGAGAAUCCAAAGCCUUGCCAAACUGAGGUGACGGUGUUGGAAUACGGGAUGUAUGACGGAGACCCGGUCACCAAGGUGCUGCUGCAGCCACUCACUGGUCGAACCCACCAGUUGAGGGUCCACUGCAGCGCCAUCGGCCACCCAAUCGUCGGAGACUUCACCUACAGCUUGGGAGCAGAUGACUCUCCGUAUCGUAUGAUGCUGCAUGCCUACCUCCUCCACAUCCCCCUGGAGCCUCAGGAGCUUCUUGUCACAGCCGGAGACCCCUUUGUCCCUGCUGUCGACCCAAAAUGGAUUUCACAACGCUCACUGAGGACACUGGAGGCCACAGUUGAUGCUGUUUUGGAGCAUAGAAAGACUAAAGAGAAGGAAGAAGAGGUGGCAAGAAGAGAGGGGGAGAAGAGGAAGCAAAGCAAGCAACGAAGGAUGGAGGAGCAGAGCGAGGAGCAGAGGAGGGCUUGUCAGGAGUGGCUGAGUGAAUGGGCGGGGGAUUGAUAGGACCUUAAUGUUUUAGUUUUAUUUUAGCUGUUCACACAAACUAACAUGCUGACCAUUGAAAACAUGAAGUACCACGCAAAGUGAGAAGAAGAGUAUGAAAGAAUGAAUGAAAGCGGUAAAACUUAAGGUGUUCAUUCCUGCAUCUUUGUUCAUUAAAUUGCAUGUAUUUUACUGCAGCUAAAAAUGAAGUGCCUUCACUCACAGUCAGGAGUUCCCUCUUUAAGAGGUUUUUAUUUACAUUUUGUAUACAACAAUGAAAAGAAAACACUUCUUUCAUGCAGAUGCAUUUCCUUUUUCAUGAAGGUUUUAAGCUGUAGAGAUUUACUUGGCCCAUAUUGUCAUAUGAUGUAUGUAGUUGUGGAAAUCCCAGUCUAAAUGUGCUCUAUGCAUUUUUGCUGUUUGAUAUUUUCGAGUCUGUUUAAGAUUAUUCACUCCCACUUGGUCUCAUGCUUGAAAUGACCCGAAUCCAAACAGAUUUGUAUCAUUAUUACAUCUUGGUUGAAUAUACCAGCAGAUGGUGGCUGCUCAGUGGGGCAGCGGGAAGUACUGCUGCCUUGCAGCAACAAGGGGUCUUUCUGCAUGGAGUUUGCAUGUUCUCCCUGAGCAUGCGUGGGUUCCCUCCGGGUACUCCAGCUUCCUCCCACAGUCUAAAAACAUGAUUGUUGAAUUAAUUGCCUUCUCUGAAUUCCGCUUAAGUGUCAGUGUGUGCAUGAAUGGUUGUUUGUCUCUGUGUUGCCCUGCGAUGGACUGGCGACCUGUCCAGGGUGUACCCCGCCUCUCGCCUGUAGACAGAUGGAGAUGGGCACCAGCACCCAUUGCAACCCCAGCAGGGAUGGAGCGUGACAGAAAAUUAAUUGAUACCAACAGAUGGAAGAAACUAUAACACAUAUUUAGACAACAUCUAAAGUAGGUUAAACGUGCUUAAGAAAUGCUUAAAAACACUGCUGAUGAGUUUUUUUUUAUAUGUCCUCCUCUGUUUUUUCCGAAACAAAUCCAGUUCAUUGCAGUCGAAUCAUAUUGCCAGACCAAAUUGCAUGCAGUUCACUUGGUUCAAUCAUUAAUGCAAUGAUGUGAUGGAUUAUCCGUCUAAAGAAUCACAGCUAACUGCUUUGUUUUUGGCUUUGUGGCAAUCUCUAAUCUCAAGUAACAUGCAGGUUGCAGCAGUGAAGAUGAACCGCUAUUUAUCCAACGAUAAAUGACAGCGCAGUGAGAGAAGCACGGCUAACCGGGGAAUCAACGGGCCGGGACUGAUUAUCUGGGAAUGUAUGA